AAGAUAACGCCAGUCCCAGGGCUCAGGUGAGACCUCUAGAGAGAAAGCUCGUGGGUACCUCCUCCGCAUGCUGUUAUCGUCUGCCAGCCCCCUUAUCCCGGAGCUCGGCCCUCUGCCGGCUGCGCGCACAGCGCGGAAGGGCGCAUCUUCACCCGGUGGCUCUGGCGGCGGAGACGCGCGGGGCGUGCUCUGGAGCGAGGAGCGAAAAGUUGUGCGCCCACUUGGGUAGGGGGAAAGAGAACGAGCGAGCCAGCGAGCGAGAGUGAAGGGGGAAGGCGGGGAGGGGGCGGGGAGGGGGAUUGCUUGCAUGAAUUUCCAAGUGGUAGACCUGCCUCUGCGCUCUGCCCAAUGAGAUCCGUCAGGGGAGGCACCCGGCUCACUUUUCCACAUCACUUCACAGUUACAUUUGGCAGGCAGGCGGGCUCGCACGCCGGAGCGCUCAGCCCAGAAUUAGUGGAUUUAUUUGGAAUCUCCCUGCCUUCUCCAAGCUCCGCCGCCGCCGCCGGUUUGUGCAUAGAUGGUAGCAUCAAGCCACCAGCUGCACUUUGGGCUGCGGACACCCAGAGCCCAGCGCGCCCGCCCCGCGUCUCCGCACCAAGCCCUGCAGCUCCGAGAGGCAUGAACGGAAUCCGGAGGCGCCUGCCCAGCGCGCAGGGACUGGUCGGCGCUUGCUGCCCUUGGGAGCUGACCCCGAGCCCCUCCAGCCAUUUGUGAACCAGGAGGCUUGACAUUCGCCAGCGCAGGGCCCCGCAAGAGAAAUUUCAAUGAAAAGAAAAGCCAAUGGAUUGUGGUCUUAGAAAAGCUACUUAGAUGAUGUCCGUUUCCCGUGCUAUAGACACGUGGCAGAGCUGUAAGUAAAUGCCCCGCACUGCAUGAUGAAUUGGAUGGCUACAGACCGAAGACAAAAAAAAUAAUUGUCUCAUUUUCGUGGUGAUUUGCUUAACUGGUGGGACCAUGCCAGAACGGCUAGCGGAAAUGCUCUUGGAUCUCUGGACUCCAUUAAUAAUAUUAUGGAUUACUCUUCCCCCUUGCAUUUACAUGGCACCAAUGAAUCAGUCUCAAGUUCUAAUGAGUGGAUCCCCUUUGGAACUAAGCAGUCUGGGUGAAGAACAGCGAAUUUUGAACCGCUCCAAAAGAGGCUGGGUUUGGAAUCAAAUGUUUGUGCUGGAAGAGUUUUCUGGACCUGAACCAAUUCUUGUUGGCCGGCUACACACAGACCUGGAUCCUGGGAGCAAAAAAAUCAAGUAUAUCCUAUCAGGUGAUGGAGCUGGGACCAUCUUUCAAAUAAAUGAUGUAACUGGAGAUAUUCAUGCUAUAAAAAGACUUGACCGAGAGGAAAAGGCUGAGUAUACCCUAACAGCUCAGGCAGUGGACUGGGAGACAAGCAAACCUCUGGAGCCUCCUUCUGAAUUUAUUAUUAAAGUUCAAGACAUCAACGACAACGCACCAGAGUUUCUUAAUGGACCCUAUCAUGCUACUGUGCCAGAAAUGUCCAUUUUGGGUACGUCUGUCACUAACGUAACAGCAACCGACGCUGAUGACCCAGUUUAUGGAAACAGUGCAAAGUUGGUUUAUAGUAUAUUGGAAGGGCAGCCUUAUUUUUCCAUUGAGCCUGAAACAGCUAUUAUAAAAACUGCCCUUCCCAACAUGGACAGAGAAGCCAAGGAGGAAUACCUGGUUGUUAUCCAAGCCAAAGAUAUGGGUGGACACUCUGGUGGCCUGUCUGGAACCACAACACUUACAGUGACUCUUACUGAUGUUAAUGACAAUCCUCCAAAAUUUGCACAGAGCCUGUAUCACUUCUCAGUACCAGAAGACGUGGUUCUUGGCACUGCAAUAGGAAGGGUGAAGGCCAAUGACCAGGAUAUUGGUGAAAAUGCACAAUCAUCAUAUGACAUCAUUGAUGGAGAUGGAACAGCACUUUUUGAAAUCACUUCUGAUGCCCAGGCUCAGGAUGGCAUUAUAAGACUAAGAAAACCUCUGGACUUUGAGACCAAAAAAUCCUAUACGCUAAAGGUAGAGGCAGCCAAUGUACAUAUUGACCCACGUUUCAGUGGCAGGGGGCCCUUUAAAGACACGGCGACAGUCAAAAUCGUCGUUGAAGAUGCUGAUGAGCCUCCGGUCUUCUCUUCACCGACUUACCUCCUUGAAGUUCAUGAAAAUGCUGCUCUAAACUCCGUGAUUGGGCAAGUGACCGCUCGAGACCCUGAUAUCACUUCCAGUCCUAUAAGGUUUUCCAUCGACCGGCACACUGACCUGGAGAGGCAGUUCAACAUUAAUGCAGACGAUGGAAAGAUAACGCUGGCAACACCACUUGACAGAGAAUUAAGUGUAUGGCACAACAUAACAAUCAUUGCUACUGAAAUUAGGAACCACAGUCAGAUAUCACGAGUACCUGUUGCUAUUAAAGUGCUGGAUGUCAAUGACAACGCCCCUGAAUUCGCAUCCGAAUAUGAGGCAUUUUUAUGUGAAAAUGGAAAGCCCGGCCAAGUCAUUCAAACAGUUAGCGCCAUGGACAAAGAUGAUCCCAAAAAUGGACAUUAUUUCUUAUACAGUCUCCUUCCAGAAAUGGUCAACAAUCCGAAUUUCACCAUCAGGAAAAAUGAAGAUAAUUCCCUCAGUAUUUUGGCAAAGCACAAUGGAUUCAACCGCCAGAAGCAAGAAGUCUACCUUUUACCAAUCAUAAUCAGUGAUAGUGGAAAUCCUCCACUGAGCAGCACCAGCACCCUGACAAUCCGGGUCUGUGGCUGUAGCAAUGACGGUGUUGUCCAGUCUUGUAAUGUUGAAGCUUAUGUCCUUCCAAUUGGACUCAGUAUGGGCGCCUUAAUUGCCAUAUUAGCUUGCAUCAUUUUGCUGUUAGUCAUCGUGGUGCUGUUUGUAACUCUACGGCGGCAUAAAAAUGAGCCAUUAAUUAUCAAAGAUGAUGAAGAUGUUCGAGAAAACAUCAUUCGCUAUGAUGACGAAGGAGGAGGGGAGGAGGACACAGAGGCUUUUGACAUUGCAACUUUACAAAAUCCAGAUGGAAUUAAUGGAUUUUUACCCCGUAAGGAUAUUAAACCAGAUUUGCAGUUUAUGCCAAGGCAAGGGCUUGCUCCAGUUCCAAAUGGUGUUGAUGUCGAUGAAUUUAUAAAUGUAAGGCUGCAUGAGGCAGAUAAUGAUCCCACGGCCCCGCCAUAUGACUCCAUUCAGAUAUAUGGCUAUGAAGGCCGAGGGUCAGUGGCUGGCUCCCUCAGCUCCUUGGAGUCCACCACAUCAGACUCAGACCAGAAUUUUGACUACCUCAGUGACUGGGGUCCCCGCUUUAAGAGACUGGGCGAACUCUACUCUGUUGGUGAAAGUGACAAAGAAACUUGACAGUGGAUUAUAAAUAAAUCACUGGAACUGAGCAUUCUGUAAUAUUCUAGGGUCACUCCCCUUAGAUACAACCAAUGUGGCUAUUUGUUUUAGAGGCAAUUUUAGCACCAGUCAUCUACAAACUCAACCACAUUUUAAUGUUGAACCAAAAAAAAAAAAGAUAAUAAAAUAAAAAAGUAUAUGUUAGGAGGUUAUAAAUCUUGUGGAGUGUGAAUUAAGUAUGUGGAGUUUCUAGAAGUCCUUGGAUAUUUGCUAUUUACCCGAUUACCACAGACAAAGAUUGGGAUCCUGGCUAAUCCUUAGAGAAGUGGUUUAAAUAGAGGAAAAAAUCAAAAUUAAAAGGUGCUUUCUUAGAAAAAAAAAAAAAUACGGACCUGCAAGGAAUCUGCUGCUGAUAGAUGUCUUCUGCAAGGAUUUUUAUGAAUGCAAAUGGUUUUUUCCCCUUCACCAAUAAGGAUUCGCCACAAAUGAUAAAGCAAUACUUGGUCUGCUGUACAUUAUAACUUUUUGGAGUUUUGAGAGGCCUCCUAGAUUAUAUGGUACGGUGACCACACAUUGUACAUAAUUGUUGGCCCCGCUCACCAGAAACUGAAUAGCAUCUUUAAAUAUUGUGUCGAGCCUUAAAAUAUUCACAUGUUCGCAAUCCAUUCCAGGGUGGGGCUUACCAAUUCAGUGGUGGGAGGAGAGAAAUCCCAUUCAAACAUGCUUGUUUGCUAAAAGCAGGAUUCCUCAUUCCCUCCGCUUCAUCUUCUUCCACAAGGACACAAAGAUAAACUGUAUCACACAGUGGACUACAUAAGAGACAGAUGGUUUUAUUGCUAGCGCGUGAAUUUAUUUGUUUAAUCCUCGAAAUAAAUAUUUUAUUGAUGUCCAUUAAUGCUUUUAUUUAUUAAGGUUGGUAAUCUAUAGAUUAAGGGGAUAUAUGGAAAAAAACUAAAUUAUAUCCAUUAAUAAUCCUUUAGAUUGUUUUAUAUAAAUAUAUAUACAAUGAAUGUUUAAUACAUGUACAUUUUAAUGAGUUGAGUAUGGCAGGCAAUAUUAUCAAAAGGAGAGCUAAUAGUCUCUUUAGAGUAGAAAGUGUUAUUGUAACUGGUCAUGAUGGCAGGAACAGCAUUUUCCCAGAGAAACUUUUGGACUGUUUUCUAUUUUGUUCAUAAUCCUAGUAUUUGGUGUUUUUACUACAAGCACAAACAUCCUAAAGUAUAUUGAUUCUUGUGAAUAUUUAAACUCUAGACUUUUAGAUACCUACAUGAUGCCCUGCCCAAUAAACACGCUUCUAGUUAUCCCCACAGUUUUAGAGCAGGAACUGAUUUGUACAUAAUUUCACUGCUUACGUUUUUAGCACUCCUCUACCUGAUCUUCAUGGUGAUGCACAGAAUGUCUUAGACCCCAAAAAGGGACAGCACUAGGAGAUGUGAGCAUAUUUAAUUUGUAAUGCAAACCUGCCAUUUAGGAGUAGAAAAUGUAUGAUAAAACUCAAGUAUUACAUGCAGAUCAUUUUAAUUUUCUACUUUGCUUUAAUGCAAUAUUGUUUAUUUACUCCAUGUAUUGUAUUCAGAGAAACUCCUGUAUUGUUUCCUACUUUGUGAAAUAUAUUUUUAUAAAUAUCUUUGUUGUCAUUAAUUUUUUUUUCAGUCAGUUGAAGAUCUAUUAACAGAACCAUCAACUCUAACUAAAAUUCUAGAAUACUCAGCCAAAUCAUUCCAAGGGUCACUUUUGUUUGUAAGAGUCUUUAUUAUAAAGGAACAGAGGAGAGAAAUGGCUUGCCAGUGAUCACACAGCAAGAUACCAGCAGGGAAAUAAAAGGAACAUGGAACACCUAAAGUCUAGUCCAACUGUAUCAUUUGGGUCCUUCUGGAAGCAGAUGCACUGGGCAGAGAAAACCUGCAGACAAGUUUGCAGACCUAAAACUUGUAACAAUAAAGGGAUUGGGAGCAGGAUUUGGCAAGAGAGUCUUAGACUGCAGUGCAGACCUGGCAAAAUAUCUUCCAGCCUGACAGGAGGUUCUAGAGUGAAAACUUAUCCAUUAAAGCAGUCAGGCUAUGGUGCUCCAUCAUCUCAGUCAGGGGGUUCUGGAGUGAAAAUGUAUCCAUUAAAGCAGUCAGGCUGUGGUCCUCUGUCAUCUCAGUCAUUGGUGUGGGGCUGCUAAGAAGAGAAUGGUUUUUGACUCAAAAACUGAAGGCACCAACUUCUAGAGAGUACCUCCACUGUGACAGAAACAGUAUGUUUAAAUACUAGAUUAAGAAUUUAUAAUUAUCCAGUGGCUUAAUCAACUUUUUAUUGAAUUUUUGUUGCUUAGAAAAAGUCAUCUUUCAUGCUUACUGCUAUGGCUAGUGAACACUUUUUCUUGAGGUCAAAGGUAUGAUCCAACAUGACUUUAAAAUAUACUAGGACUUGGCACAGUGUUUAAAACAAGUGCUUGCUGAAUGUAAAUUAUUAGUGAUAGUUGCAGUAAUAAUCAAUAGUAAUAUUCAACUAUCUUACACAUUGCAAAGCAAGGAGAGCUUAUUAUUAUGUAUUAUCCAUCUCUUGCACAUGAGGCUCAUUUUUAGCGUACUUUGAAGUCAAGUGCCCAAAGAUUACAGACACACAGAUAUAUCUAACAGAAAAAUUACAGUAUUUUUUUUUAGGAAUAUAAAAUCUAUAUCCUCAGAUAUCGGUAUUAUUACUACAGUGGUUUCUGUGAACAGGAGAUAAUGUCUGGUAUACAGUUGCCAAAGUAGUGUCUCAAUGUUCCCUUUGCCUAAGAAAAGAGAAUGACAGCAUGAAUCUAUUUGCUGACUUUCUUUGCCACCACAAUGUCUGCAUUUUGUGUUUAAAAGCCUACUUCAGGUCUUGUUACAUAAAAUAAAGUGAGUAGUACCUUGAUUCUAAUAAGGUUGA